AUGUCAUCUAAUCGUAUAACAACUGAUGAAGAGGAGCCAAUUGUAACAUGUAGUGAAUUACUUGAACAAAUCGACGAUGAAGAAGAAGAAUUGGAUCGUGAACGAGCACUUUAUGGAAAUUGUGAUGUUGACACUUGUACAUAUCCACAAGGAUAUGUCAGACGACAAGCUUUAUUUACUUGUAUGACAUGUAAUAAUAAUGAACAAUGCACUGGUAUCUGUGCAGCAUGUGCAUAUCAUUGUCAUGCAAAUCAUAAUGUGAAUGAGUUAUACACAAAACGAUUUUUUCGAUGUGAUUGUGGAAAUUCUAAAUCAAAUCAUCAAACAUGUAAACUUUAUCCAAAUAAAGAUCCAGAAAAUAGUUUAAAUAAAUAUAAUGAUAAUUUUCGAGGUAUUUAUUGUACAUGUAAACGUCCAUAUCCAGAUAAAGAAUCUGCAACAGUUAGUAUGAAUACUGAUGAUGAAAUGCUUCAAUGUAUAAUUUGUGAAGAUUGGUUUCAUAGUCAACAUUUGGGUGUUUCAGUACCAAUGGAAGAAAAUGAAAUGAAUCAAAUGGAUAUGAUAUGUCAAACAUGUGUAACUAAAUAUCCAAUCUUAAUUCAUUAUGAUGAAUCUCGAAAUAUUGUUGCAGCACCAAUAGAAAAUAAUCCAUCAUGUCUUAUUUUAUCGAAUAAUGGUAAUAAUAAUGAACUUCAUACCAUCUUUUUACGAGAUGGAUGGAGAAAAAGAUUAUGUCGUUGUAUUCAAUGUUCUAAAUUAUAUGAUGAAAUGAAUUUAACACCAAUAUUUGAUGAUGCUGAUGCUAUUCAAGAAUAUGAAAAACAAGCAUUAGCUAAAAGUGAAAAUCUAGAUGGUGAUAAAAUCUUAGCUGACUCAUUGGAUAGUCUUGGCUAUACACGAAAACUUGAAGUUUUACGUGGUAUAAAUGAAUUUAAAACAACACUCGGUGAUUUUCUUCGUGAAAAAGCAAAUAAUGAUGGUGUAUUGACAGCUGACGAUGUAAAAACAUUCUUUGCUGGCCUACAAGAGAAACGUACUGAACAACAACGGACAAUGUUUAUGCCCCCUGAUAAUUGUAAAUCCUAA